AUGAAUGAAUCGUCUAUUGCUACCGCAAGAUUUACUUACAUACAUGAUCGAAAGUGGCCUUCGGCAGCAAUUGAUGUGCACCAUGUAAUAGUUCGGCAAAGCAAUCUGAAGGGUUUAUUAGUUUGCCUUCUUGCUUUGGGAUUCUCGGCAAAUGGAUUAUAUCUCUUCAUGGUCCUGGCGGAUAAAUCACCUUUCGCUCUUUUGUGGAGUUUACUGUUGAGUUCAAUCCUUCUCAAACUUGGUAUCGGGAAGUCUGUUCUGAAAGAGUCGGUUCUGAUCAUGCCACAUUUCGGGGUUCAACUCGAAACACAUUAUAGAAGUGGAAGAAUAUCACGCCGCUUUGUGCCAGUUCCAGUGAGCACGAUUCUGAAGCCAUUGCUGCUAGAGCAUGUGAAUCCGGUUACUUCUUACUGGGUUCUGUCUCUGAUUUUGCUUAAGGAAGAAGAACUGACUCCGGUUUUCAAGGAGUUGCACCUGCCUUUGAAGAUGCUGGUUCCUAUCUGGAAGGCAUUGUGUGGCUCUGUGUCUGGAGAUAAUGACUCUUCUGUACAUUCAAAUGUAGAAGAUCAUGAACAGAGUGUCUGA